CGCUGCUGCCCCCUUUCGUGCUGAGGUUGUGCAUAUUGAACCAAAUUUUAGUAAAUGAUAAUGGAUGUGUGAUUUACUGAGCCUCGCCGGACUGACGUCUGUAGCGGGAUUAUGUGUUGAGAAGAGAAACCUGAAUACUAUGUGGCACAACGGAGAGGAAAUCCGGGAUUUUUAUAAUCAGUGCUCGGGUUGACGUGUCGCUGUUUGGACACUGCCAGCAUCGCUCUUCACUUGAGGAGAUCCAAAAAACUUGGAAUUCUCGGUGGUGGCAACUCUGACGAUGACGGGGGAAGUGGACAAGACCCAUCAGGUGGUGUAUCGUCAGGUUCUGCCUGUUUUGGUCUGUCUGGGAAUCCUUGCUAAUGGUCUCUGUAUCGUCGUCCUCAGCAGACCUCGCCUCAGGUCAGCUUGGGUCAUCAGGUACUUCAUGGUCCUGGCAGUGUCGGACCUGCUGGUGUGUGUCUUUUACAUUCCAAUCAUCACCACCAUCAAUGGCUGCGUCUUCUCCUCGUACAAUGAGGCUCGUUACUUCGCUCACUUCGGAUGGUCUCUGGUCACUUUCAGUCAAUCUGUUGGCACCUACGUCAUCGUGUGGCUGGCAAUGGAUCGCUUCAUGGCCGUAUGGACGCCUCGUCUCUAUCCUAGGAUCCAAAAGAUGCCAAAAUUUAUGUGGAUCAGAAUUGUGGUGACUGUUGUUCUGUGCUUCCUGAUCCACCUGGAAUAUAUGGUACAUGUAAAGAUCUCUUGCGUAAAUGAUAUUGAUGUUAUUUGGACUAAUGAGACAUGCCCUUCUCAUAACAACACUCUCAGCAACGACGUGAACUGCUUGAACAAUACCUGGGUCGUCACUGAUGCAUACCAUUACAUGUACAAAAAGAAUUGGCACGAAAUUGUUCGAAUAUUUUACGCCUUGAUGGUGAGGUGGCUGCCGUGUAGUCUGAUGCUGGUGUUCAAUGCCAGCCUGGUGGUCGGAGUUGUGAAGCAACGUAUCAGAUUUCCUGCCACAAAGAAAAGGAGAAGUGGGGAGAAAGCUCUCGCUAUCAUCACCAUCGCCAUGACUGCCUCCUACAUUAUCCUAACCCUUCCCAUCACCAUCUACCUCACUUACUAUGCUGAACUGCUCCCCAACCGCUGCCAUUGUGAUUAUCCCUAUGAGCUCUUCCGUCACAUUGGCAACACACUUCAGCUCCUGGAACAUGUCCUUCACAUACUGUUCUUGGUGACCUUGAACCACAAAUUCAGGAGGGAACUCAAGAUACUUCUGCAUUUGGAAGUGAGAACAAAAGAAGGUGAUUACAGUACGAGGGAUGAAGGCGGAGCGGAGAUUGGUAGCAAUCUUGGAUGAUCUCUUUGUGGUGGCGACGCGAGUCUGCGACCUUAACUUUACUCAAGGAGCCAAUACACAGUAUUGAAUACUCCAAGUUUCCAAAUGGCAGUCUUAUGCAUCUGACUCCCUGUCACAGAGAAGGUCAUUGUCCUUUUGCAUUUUUUGUUUAGAAGUGAAUAUAUGAAAAUCAAAGUUUCCCUCCCUCACUGCAAAUAUUUUGCUAAGGACGCUAACUAUAUUUUAAUCUGUGGGUGAGUGGUGUGAAGCGUGUAUUGUGUAUGCUUGUGGAACCUAUCAUAGACAAUAUUUUACCUCGAUUUGUCACAGCAAUGUUUAAAUUUUUUGUUGGGUGGAGGAGGAGUGUUCUGAGUCUCAUCUUGCUCUCUGAAUACUUGGACUUACUGAUUGAGAGAAUUUUGACAACUGUGGUACAGUAAGGGGAACUCUUAAGUUCCUUAUUGUUCUUGGUAUACUCAGUGGUUUAAAAAUUAAAAACAGUGAUUGAAAAACUUCUGGUGCCCUGGAAUGAAUGCCAUGCUGGGAAAGGUUUGUGUACGUACAUAGUCUCCUAUUUCUUUGACCCACUAAUAAGGUGAUGAAGCUAAUGAUUGAUAUGUGUGAAGAAUAUGGAAAUUAAGUUAAUCUACUUAUUAUUCCAAUAAAAUGUGUCUUGUUAUAGUCAGGCGACAAUGAAGAACAAUCUUGGAAUUUCUAGGCAGAACCACCAUUAAAUAUUAAAAUACUAUACUUAAGUUC